UAAGUUAACAUAAAAAAAAUGUUAAUCAAUUUUGAGUGUGCAACAGACGACAGAGUAACAUCAUUCUCUUAAUCAUCCAUUUGCUUGGUUAUGCUUUCGGGUUAUGUCUAUGACUAUGUCUACCCCAUAGGGUAUCAUUUAUUUCAAUCAAAUCACCUCACAUAUUCUCAAUGUUUCGUUUUCAAUACACAAGUUCUUAAUUUCCAUAUCAUGAGUCAUCUCUAUGUGUGAAUCUCUCCAUCGAAAUCUCAGGAACGUUUACUUAGUUUGACCUCUUUCUCUCUGUGUAUUUUUGCGCUGCGUUGUGUCGUCGUGCCUGAUUUCUCAUUCCUCUUAUAUUGUCUCAUAUAUUGACUAACGUCUAUGUACAGUACAUAUUUAAAGUUUCUUUGUUAAUUAUUGUCACACACUCACAUCAUUACACAAAAAUUUAUUAAUCGAAAAUCGGAAAAGACUUCCAUUGAAAUCAAAGGAACAAAAAGAAACAAAUGAAAAUACAAAACGAAACAAAAUAAAAUAAUGUAGAUACUGUUGAGUUGGGGCUAGUGGCCGAUGUCAUUACUGCCUACUAUCGUUGUCUGUCAUAGAAAAGGAAUAAACAACAACUUGACAAGAGUGAACUUAGAGUCAUAGCCAGUCAACGACGACAUAGCUAAGCUAGCCAGAGCACCAGUAGUAACAUCAAUAGCAGCAGCACCAACAGCAACAACCUUGUGUGGAAUUUGAGUGUUUCUUUUUACGCUGCUUAUUCUCUUACUUCCCUGCUGUGUGCCUUGUCCCCGAAUGAAUCGAUUACUAACUGAUUUCCAUCGAAACCGAAUGCCAAUAAUAAUCAAGUCAGCGCAAUAUAGAAAACGGGCCAGUAGCCAGAAGUUUUGUGGUAAUUCGAUGCGGUAUAUGCGGAGUUGUUUAUCUUGUACAAAUAAUAUAAUAAUUAUUUUUAUCAAACCAUCAUUGGCCAAGCACUGUGAACUGUUUUGCAGUUGCAGUUCAUGAAAAACGACGACAUUCAAAUGUCUCUAAGAAGUACUGGUAGUACAGGAACUUGUGAUUCCAAUAGUGUCACCAAUGGUGAAAGACCGGCAAUCAUUGCACCACCGGAAAGUGAAUGGUAUCAUGGCAGAUUGGAUAGAUAUUCCGCUGAAUCCCGAUUGAGGGGCACUGGCAAGUUAGGAAGCUAUUUAGUUAGAGAAAGUGACAGAAAACCUGGUUCCUAUGUUCUAAGCUAUCUGGGUCGCACAGGAAUCAAUCAUUUUAGAAUCACAGCUGUUUGUGGUGACUUCUACAUCGGUGGCAGGCAGUUCAUUUCACUAAGCGAUCUUGUUGGCUAUUACACCUCAUGUAGUGAUCUUCUAAAACGUGAACGUCUUGUGAUACCUGUUGCUCCACCAGAACCAGUAAAUGACAAGAAACGUGUUGUUGCCAUACUCCCUUAUACCAAAAUGCCCGACACAGACGAAUUGAGUUUCCAAAAGGGCGAUAUAUUCUUUUUACACAACGACAUGGGUGACGGAUGGUUGUGGGUUACUGCUCAUCGUACCGGUGAACAGGGAAUGAUUUUCCGAGAGUUGGUCGACGAUUUAGAUGCUUCCAUUGAUCCCAACACGGUGUUUCCAUGGUUCCAUCCAAAUUGUACUAAGAACGAGGCUGUUGAUAUGUUAGUCAAAGCUGGUCCGGGUAGUUUUCUAGUCCGUCCGAGUGACAAUUCUCCCGGUGACUAUUCCUUGUUCUUUCACAUUAACAACCAAAUCCAGAGAUUUCGAAUUGAAAAGAAAGGUGUCCGUUAUCUGAUGGGUGGGAGAACUUUUGAGUGUCUCGAUGCGGUGAUUAAUCGUUACCGUAAGGAGCAGAUCGUUGAGGGGCACACUUUGAAUCAUCCCGUCGUCAAUGGAAGUCAGCCAGAGUUUAAUCAGCAGUUUGUUGUGGAAAAAGCAGCCGAAAAAAUCUAUGCUACUUUGCGUGAGUGUCGAGAUCAAAUUGGGCUUAAGAAAAUCAAGGGAAUUAAGCAACAUGGUCAUUUGAAUAAGAAAUCCGACAAGACUGCCAAAUGGAAGCAGCUGUACUUUGCGCUCAUUAUCGAAGGCUCUGAGACACACCUCUGCUUUUAUGACAAUCCGAAGAAAACAAAGCCGAAAGGCUUGAUCGAUUUGUCCUGCGCCUAUUUAUAUCAGUGCCAUGACUCACUUUGGGAGCGUCCGUAUUGCUUCCAGAUUGUGGAAAGAGCUCUGCCAUGCCUGGCCACGGUCACUUACUUGUGUUCCCCUAGUCAAGAAAGCUAUGUCGAGUGGAUAAAUGCUUUGAAAGCACAAUGUGGUUCGCAACUUAGUCGAGCCCAGAAAAAGGUGCCACGCUUGAGAGAACUGCGUUGUCUGAAUUUACAUGUGCUGGAAGCACAUCGGCUGCCAUUUAAACUUGUGCCACAUCCUUAUUGUACGAUUUCGUUAAAUCAAGUGAAAGUUGGAAAGACCCGCGUUAAAAUUGCCCCUGAUCCAGUUUGGGAGGAGGAGUUCGUGCUCGACGACGUACCGCCAGAUGUAGUUACUCUGACAAUAACAUUGCUGAGUCGUGGCAAACGCGGUAAGGAUUCGGAAGUGGCAGAACUGACAAUUGAUUUGGCGAGUCUGAAAAACGGUCAAGAAACAGAAGAAUGGUACCAACUGACGGGUAUGACUCCCAUGGGUGAGUGGGGAUCUCUACGUUUGCGAAUGAGGUAUCUUGACGAUUUGAUAAUGCCAUGCGAGGAAUAUAGUCCUUUGCAGCAGUUGCUUCUUGAACCAGAACUCUAUGCGGUUAAAGCGCUCGCUGAACGUUGUCACAACGACCGUGUGCCAUUGGCGACAUCGCUGUUGCGCGUUUUUCGGCAUGAAAAACGUGAAACUGAGCUGAUACGAGUUUUGUGCCAAGCGGAAGUCGCCAGAGAGAACGAAACUACUACCCUGUUUCGAGGGGCAUCACUGGCUACUACUCUAAUGGAUCUCUACAUGCGAACAGAAUGUCAUGGCUUUUUACAGUCAGCUGUCUCAGAGACUGUACAGCGAAUACUCGAGAGCAAGCAAUCAGCUGAGUUGAAUCCGACUAAGAUGGACGUAAAUGACGAUGCAUGUUCGAAUGCAGAGUUCCUGCUUCAGAUUUUGGAUCUUGUUACCCAGUCGAUUUUCACAUCGCCCGAUGCGUGUCCACGAACAGUUCGAUAUAUUUGUAACUGUUUGCAGAAGGCAGUAGUGACUAAAUGGCCAACGGAGCGUUUGGUACGUACCAGAGUUGUGUCUGGGUUUAUAUUCCUGCGGCUCUUGUGUCCAUCUCUGUUAAAUCCACGCCAGUUUGGCUUGGUAAAUGAGACACCGGCAACGGCGGCUACUCGUUCAUUAAUAAUGGUAGCAAAGUGUUUGCAGAAUUUAGCCAAUCUCAUCGAGUUCGGUGGAAAGGAACCCUACAUGGAAGUUGUUAACCCCUUUAUUCUUAAAAAUAAGGAACGUAUGAUUGUCUUCUUGGACCAAUUGUCAUCGGUAACCGAUCCAAAUCCACCACCAGGGAUGUUCAUUGAGCAGAAUAGCAAUAAUCUCUGCUCUGACACGGGUCGUGAAUUGGCAACACUUCAUCAUAUUUGCGUAUCCUAUCUGCCGCAAUUGCAGGAACUUUCAAGCAUUAUGUCGAUAAAAAAACUGGUCACUGUCACAGAUAUGUUGACGAAGCACAAACUCAAAUAUCGUGAGAUGAUAAGUUAAGCUGAAAAAUUAAAGAAAAGUAUAUAAGUUGUCUUCUAUCUAAAAACAAAUAACUUAGAAAUCAGAAAAUGAGUUAUCAUUCGAUUUAGUAAGUAAAACAAAAAUACAAAACAUGCUGCAUUUUUUCAUUCAUAAAAUGACAUUCAAAAAUAAUAAUUGUCAGCAUUUCUUUUCAAUUAUUGUCCUUUAUUAUACUUUGUGUGUUUUUUCAUAAACAAAAACAAAUUUAAUAUGUUAUUCAUUUAGUGAAGCAAUACUCCUUUAUCGCUUUGUAUUUAUAACAAAAAGAAAAGAAAAAAACAAA